UUAGUAUUUGAUAUUGCCAGCCCUGAUUUUUAUUAAAAUUAUUCUAUCAAAAAAAACAAAAACUUUGCAUUGCAUGGAUGGUAAUCUAAUAAUUGUAUUAUAUGUUUUGUGUAAAUAACUCGGAGAUAACUAUAGUCCCAAAAAAUUUUAUUAUAAAUUAUGGAAAUAUUAUGUAUUGUAAUAUAGGCCAUAGAAUUUUAUAGGUGAUUUGUAUAUGAAAUAAUGAUUGGUACUUAUUAUUUUGUGAUAGUGGGUCAUAAUGACAGACCCCUUUUUGAAAUGGAAUUUACAAAUACUAAAGACCCGAAGAAAGAAGAUCAUCGACAUUUGAAUCAGUUUAUUGCCCAUUCAGCCUUAGACUUGAUAGACGAGCAUAAAUGGAAAACACAUAAUAUGAAUUUAAAAUCUGUAGAUAAAUUUAACCAGUGGUUUGUAUCAGCAUUUGUCACAGCGAGUUUGAUCAGAUUUGUUAUAGUUCACGAUAAUCGGAACGAUGAUGGGAUUAAGAAUUUUUUUUCUGAAAUAUAUGAGGUAUACAUCAAACAUUUAAUGAAUCCGUUCUAUGAAGAAGAUGCACCUAUAAAAUCUCUUGCUUUUGAAAAGAAAGUGCAACUGUAUGGGAAAAAAUAUCUUUGCAACUGAGCGAUAUAUUUCUUGCAUGCAAUUUCUAUUUGUUGUGUAUUUCCAAAAUUGAUUUGUUGCAUCAUUUUUGGUGUAAGUUUAGCUUUAUAAUUAAACUAAAACUGAAUAGUU